UUUUUCCUCUGACCGACUCCUUCCGCGUUAGAUACAGGGAUCACUUGGGAAAGGAUCAGGGCAGCGCUCGUAACUCAUGCUUUGGGAAGGCAGAGUAGCCCCAUGCUGUGUCUGAUGAGAUGUAGGAUGCACUGUCCAAGUCGAACUGAAUUGAGACUUUCAGGAUUCUCUGCACAAACUUGAAAGUGCCUCUGUUGUUUUGCUACCACUUAAAUGUCUGGCAAGGUGACAGAUCCCUUCUGAAACACCAGUAGCCUUUUGUGGUGUGUUGAAUCUGACAGAAACCUACGCAGGUGCACAACAUUCAGUUCUGGGACUAUUGACCUGCCUUUGUUCUUAUUAAUGUUUCAUUGGAUGUGAUUGCCACAUGAGUUCCUCAAGGACAAUGGACCCUAGGAUGAGAGAUGCUGAAGGAGAUGGAGAGGACAAUUCAGGAAAGAAAAAAUCUAAGUUCAAAUCUUUCAAAAAGUUUUUUGGUAAAAAGAAAAGGAAAGAGACAUCUUCUGUGACCAGCAGUCUGAAGUUGUGCCAGUCAACAAAUGAUGUCGCAGCCUCUCAUGACAUGCGCACUAGUUAUGAUUCUGAAGAUGAACUUGAGACACAUAAAGGCAUUAUGGGAAGCAGAGCUCUAUCACAUGAUAGCAUUUUCAUCCUUGAGACUGGGCAAGAGGCUGCAAGGCCAGUAAGAGUGUUUUCUCAAGAAAACAUUUCUGAUCGGAUUAGAGCUUUACAGCUGAAACUCCAGCCUACCAUGAAAUUGGGACCUCCACCUCCAUUUGGACUUCAUGCAAAGCGAACAGAGGAUACCGGGACCAGUUCUGAAGAUGAUGGAUUACCCAGGAGCCCUCCAGAAAUGUCUUUGCUUCAUGAAAGCCUAAGCUCAGGCAUGAGAACAAAAUUCUCUGACUCUCACAAGCAUCUUAGCUCUUUGAGUUUAGCUGGAACAGGCAGUGAAGAAGAAGAACAGGUUACACUGAGUUCUUCUAGAUCUCGCUCUACAGACGGUCAGCUAUUCACUAGGCAUGGAAGUACCAAAACUGGGUCUCCCCAGACAUCUGACAGUACCAUCUCCCCUACAGCCAAUUUUGACAUUCCACCUGAGCUUUCUGCUUUCUUGGAUAAUUCUGCUGCUAAACAUAAGCUUUUAAUAAAACCACGGAACCAGAGAUCCAGUAGAAUGAGAAAAUUUUCUCAGAGGACCCAGUCUGAAUCUCUGACUGAUUUGAGCUGUACCCCAGAGGAAGAAGAAGAAGAGGAUGAUGCUGUUUUCAAACCCAACAAUCAAGAACUGCCAUGCAGCACAGCUGCAAUGCAGGAUGUGGCUUCCUGGCCAAAGCCCAGAAUGCCUGAGGACCUCCCCCCUGCUUUGAGACCAGUGAUGACUCAGUCUGUUUCCGAGUCUGCUGUCGGACAGGAAACCCUGCUACCAGAGAAUAAGCCAGAGGACUGCCAACCAGCACUGGAAAUUACAUGUGAGGAGUCUGAGUCCUCACUGCCCUCAGAAGGCAAAGACUCUGUAACUUCUUCCUAUUCCAGUUCAAACAGAGAAGUACAAAAGCAAGAAGAUUCCUCAGAAACGCUUGUUCUGUUGUCUGGAGAUGGAUCAAUCAAUAUCGUAAAUCAAGAAAAUAAGGAGCUUCCUACUGUGUUUCCAUUAAAUAAAUUACCUUCUGAAGAAAACAUUUCAAUUAGUAAGAAUAAUAUUGUUUGCUUGGGAAGCUCAGAAGAAAAUAAACAGAAGGAUGAUCAGUUACCUGUGGAAAUGCCCUGCAAUAAAGGGGAAGACAAAGAGUUUACCCUAUUAUCAGAGUCCAGCAAGGAUUUUUUCAUGGGUCCUUCCCAGCCCACAGACUCAUUCCAUGUUUCACAUCCUGCUUCCUCAAUGCAGAUGGGAUCAUCUACAUUCUGCUCUCCAGAGAAGAUAAAGACUGCACAGGAGGCAACUGCUUCUAAUAAGGAGAACAGUCAGUCCCUGGUCCACAGGGAGGAACAGUUGGGGAAGAAAGCUGUAAAAGCAGUCAAUGAACUCAAUGCCUUCAAAAAGUUUUCUGUUUCCUCUGCAUGGGAGAGACCAAGCAUCAGAAGCCUGUAUUUCCCAGAAAGAUCAGAGUCGGAAAGCCCAUUAAAUACUGGAUUCUUCCUGUCCAAAGCAAAGGUCUCCUCAAGAAAUGAGAAGUGGCAAGAUGACUUUCAGAAGGGAUCAGAUCUGGACGAGGAGAAAAGUAGCAGCAAAAAGGAGGCUUUGCUGACAGAGUCCCACUCUGAGAACACAGGCCAACCUACAGAAAGUUUGGCCAGUUAUGUUUCCCCAGCUGUUGAUCCAGUACCAAUGCCAAGCAAUUCUUCAGUGGUAUCUCAGAAUCAGCCAAGUUGUAAAGAUAGAAGUCCUUUUCAAGUGAAACUUAGAUCCACCUCACUGUCCUUGAAAUAUGAAGACAACUCACCACCAGAAUCAAAAGGGAUUAAAAGAUACAGUGCAGAAUUUAAUUUAGAAAAUGGGGCAUUGUCUUCCUUUUUAAAAGGUGAUAAGGCAGAGAUCAGAAAAACAGCCAAUACAAAUACUGGUGAUUCUUUAAAGGAGAAGAUCAAACCCAAAGCAAAGUCAUCUGAACAGCUUAGUUGCAAACCUCCAUUGCCUAAAAAGCCAGUGUUGCAAAGCAUAACCAUUCCAAACAUUACUGCAAGCAAGGAGAAGCAGGACAAAGCUACUGACUCUCCUGAAUUCAGAAAUGAAGACAGAGACUUGGAAAAACAGUCAACUGCUUGUAAAGUGCCUGACAUAAAUAAUCUGUCAACAGAGAAAAGUGUGCCUUCCCCCAUGGCUGCCAGCGACUCUGGAAGAGAUCCUGACACUCCUACAGAACCAGCCUGGAUUUCCAUUGCAAGGCAAAAGCAGAGGGGCAUGCAUCAGGAGAAGGAACUCAGCAGAGAAAAACUUGUGGCUCCAGAUAAUAAGUCAAAUACAGAGAAACAGAAUAAAGGAAAUGAACAAACAGAGGGGCCAGUGAAACAACAAUGGAAUAAACCUUCACACUUGGCACCUAAAAGCACUUCUGAAGAGCAGGGGAAAGACUCGAAGUCUGCAGAGAAGCCCCUGUUGAGAACCAAUUCAUUGUCACAUUAUGUCCCUGUAUCUCCAUCGCCUGCACUGGUGGAUAAGGAGGAAAUAAGCCACUUGAGGAAAGCCAGUAAUGCUGCUCCCAGUCAGCCAGCAUGGAUGGAGCUGGCCAAAAAGAAGUCUCAAGCUUGGAGUGAUAUGCCACAGAUUAUAAAAUAGAGAGAUGCAAACACUUUUUGCAUAAAUAAGUGAACUACUUAACUGAACUCCUACAGACCAGCUAAUCACAGUGAAGAAUCUCUUGAUACAGAGGGUUUUAUUAUACAGCUGUGGAGAAAGUGUGCAAUAGGUGCAGUCAAAAAGUUUACCUUCAAUUUUGUAGCAAUCAGAAUUGCAAUGUCAAUGGAUUACUUAAAUUGUGCUAAGGACAUACUUACACUUUGGAAAAUAAAACUUUUGCCUUAUGUAUUUCCUGCAUUUUCUGCUUUUACUUAUGAUUGUAUCCAAACAGGAUCUUUGCUAAACUUUGCUGAACUUCUGUUAUUGCUGGAAAAUUCUAUUUGUUAUGGUUUUCUCUGUUUACAGUUAUAAAUUGUGCACUUACAUCCUGA